AUGAGGAAGUGGAGGGAAGAAGUGAAGGAGGUGAGGAAUGAUUUGAGGAAGGUAAAAGGGUGGAGGGGGGAUUUGAGACAGAUGAUAGAGGAUAUGAAGGAGGGGCUCAGGGAACAGGGGAGGUUGAUGAGGGGGGAGGUGGAGGAGUUGAGAAGAAAGUGCAGGGAGCGAGAGGAGAAAUGGAACGAAGAGAAGAAGAAGUUGGUGAGCUGCAUAAAAGAGCUGAAAAAGAAGGUGGAGGAGUUGGAGAGAAAUAAAGAGGGGGGUGAAAUGAGAGAGAACAAAGAUAAGGAGUUUUGGACAGGGCUGAAGGAAUGGGAUGUGAUGGUGCUGCUGGAAACAUGGCUGGAUGAUAAAGGGUGGAAGAGAGUUAAGGAGAGACUGCCGGAAGGGUAUGAGUGGGGAGUGCAGACGGCAAAGAGAAAGAAUAAGAAGGGAAGAGCGAUGGGGAGAAUGGUUAUGGGUAUAAAGAAGAAGUUAGUGAAGAAGGGGGAAAGGAUUGUGGGGGCGGAAGAGGGGAUUAUGACGGGCAAGGUGUACGUAGCGGUGUUAGCCGAGAGACUGAGGGAGGAAGUGGAGCACAAGGGGAUCAUCCCGCCGAAUCAAACGGGAUUUAGGAAGGGGAUGAGGACGGUGGACAACAUUUAUGUGCUCAAUUACCUAAUAAAUAGGCAAAUAAGAAGGAAGGGGGGAAAGGUGGUGGCGCUGUUUGUGGAUCUAAAGGCGGCAUUUGACUCAGUGGACAGGGAGGUGUUGAUGGAGGCGCUGAGGGAAAGGGGGGUUAGGGAGGGUUUGGUUGAAAGAAUAGAGGAAGUAUUGAGAGAGACGAGAAGUAGGGUCAGAGCGGGAAAGGAACUGGGGGAGUUUUUGGACAGCAAGAGGGUGCUGCUGGCGGAGGGGGAAGAUAAAAUGAGAAGUAUGAUGGAGAGGCUGAAGAAGUAUCUGGAUAAGAAGAGCCUGCAACUAAAUGCAGAGAAAACCAAGAUCAUGAAGUUUAGAAAAGGAGGAGGCAGGAUGGUGAAAAAGGAUUGGCGGUGGAAAGGAAGAAAGGUGGAAGAAGUGAAGGAGUUCCGAUACCUAGG